AUGUUGAGGUUUAAGACUGUGAUGCCCCGCAGGAAGCUCAGCAUCAUGAACCUGUUCAAAGGGAACAGUGCAGACAGUAAGGUCUACUACGAGUGCAGCCAGCAACACCGGACCAGACAGGAGAUCGGUGGCCGAGACCAAGACAGGUCAGAGUCAAAACACGAGACAAAUGGAAACACCUGGUGGAGGCAGGAGGCGUCGAGUCCCCAGCAUCACCUGAAAAACUGGAAGGUGAGCACUGCUCCCAUUAUAUCCAGGGUGCUGUGGAGAUGGGGCCCCUAUAGUCACAAUUUCCAUGUCAAAGAGCCGGUGGAACAGGAAGGAUCAGCUUUCAGUCCCUACAAUGUGAUGCUGUGGGUGGUGGCGUCGUUGCUGACACUAGUGGAAGACGUGUUUUCAGAGGAGGAAAAGAAAGAGGCUCAGUCAGACCUCCUGCGUGUCCUCAGGCAGCCCUCCUUGUCUCCUGCUGAGGAUCUGGAACAGGACAGUCGGGUGCACACACCCUGGCCUAAAGCCCUCGAGGAGUGGUCACUGAUGCAGGAAGAGGGAAUCCAGCAGAGCAGAUGGCAGCGCUCCCCUCGCGACCCAAACUCGCCCCGAACGUCACGGAGGAAUCGCAAGAAGACCAAGAGCAGUCACGACUGUCACCUGGAGAGGAAGCAGAUGCGGGUGCGGGAUCUCGGUCUUGGCUAUGACUCGGACGAAAUAGUCCUCUUUAAGUAUUGCGUUGGGACAUGCCACAGCGCCCGCAAGAACUACGACUUGGCCCUGAAGUCUAUGAUGGACAAUGGGAGCAUCUCCGGCAAGAAAGUCAGUGGUCACCCUUGCUGUCGGCCCACCCGUUACGCGACCGUGUCCUUCAUGGACACCCAGACUACCUGGCAGACAAUUAAGUGGCUCUCUGCGGCCAACUGCAGCUGUGUGGGCUGAGUGUCCAUCUGCACACGGAAAGGUUAUUGUGUGAAAAGCGUGGGUAACUAAAUCCUAAUUCAAGUGGUGAGAGGCGAGAGGCCUGGACCAGGAUCCUCAGCACAGUGACCGUGGCUAUCACUCUGCUAACACCUUGGAUGUUAGAGUUGCGAUACAGAACGACCCGCACCGGCUAUGAUUGCCAGCAGCCCGGGGCCGUGGAAAGUUUGUUUCAAUGCCACCAGCAAUAAGCACAGACGAGGAGACUAUCAGUACUGAUCCUGUUCGUAAUGGACUGCAUUUUGUGUGAUUCAUUCAGCCUCCUGAGGGCUUACAGCAGCCAUGUUGGAGGUCUUCGGUUCUUUGGCAAAAGAGGCUCUGAGUAGCUGAUCACAUUUCUAAGCGAGCAGCUUGACGGUUUUACUGGAAUUUAGUCGGCCUUUGGUUAGUUGAUAACUUCUGUGUUCUUUUUGACUGGCAGCUGUCGAUUUCACCAUUAAUCAGUUUUUCUGUCAGAAAGUCAUGGUAGGCUACCGUAUCAGCUAUCUAGCUAACUUGUUAGCUGGUCCUCUAGAGGAAGCUAGCUAGUGGCUAACUUCAUGCAGAUACUUGUGGCUGAAACAUACUCCAGCUGGUGUGAAGGGUCACUUUUUUCUUAAUUUGCUUUUGCAAUUGAUUAUUGGUAAUCAAUAAUUGUGCCAAUUAAUUAAUUGUUUAAAACCCUUGUAGGCUAAUCAUUGUCCUGUAAACUUUAAAUUAUGUCGAAGUUGACAAAGCUUCAAGCAUUAAAUCCCAAACUACAAACUGGAAAGAUUAAAGCAAUAAUUCACAAUAAUUAUGACCAAACAGCUUUUUCUCUUAAUGAGAUAAUGCUUUGAGCUUAUAGAUUCAAGAACAUUAGCCUGUAUACAUGCAAAGUCUAAUAGACCGGCAUCUUUGGGCAAGUCCCAUUUAUUUGAACUCUUUGAACAACCCAUAUACAACCCAUCCUGAAAUAUAAUAUAAUAAUCAAGUCUUUUAUCAACUUUUAUUCGGAACAUUACUGACUUAUACAGCCACACCGCAGCUUUACUGAAGCAUUUCUUAUUUACUACUUAUCCAUUAUUUGCCAAAAGCCAGUUAUCCAGUGAACCUUCACGAUGGAGCCAAAUGUGAUUUCUGGAUAUUUUUACAUCAACUGCAAAGCCUCAAUUAAAACAAAGUCAAGAAAGCAUGACAUGACCAGCUCAAAUCUACCAAUACACUCAGUUUAAAGACCAAAUAUUGUGAUGUGAAAACAUGUUAGUAAAAACGUAAUCGUUUUCGAGGAGAUUUUCCUGUUUUGUUUUUGUAAAUACAAUGGUCUUCAUAAGACCAAAAUUAGCUUUCGCAUUAUGGUACAACUCUACUUUUCUUUCCACUGCAGCUCAAUAAUACUAUCUGGUCAAGGAAAAGUCACUAUUAAAGCAACUGAAGUCAGUCUUCCGAUGUCCGAAACCUGUCUCUCCCACACACGCACAUUUUAAGUUUAGUAAUACAAAAGUAUUUUUCUUUGUUUAUUUUAGUGGGCGGCAUUCAUAACGCUUGACGUGACCCCAGCGGCUUUUCUAAAUUGAGCAGAGCAGCUUGGAUCAUAACAUACUGUCCUCUAGCAAACCAACCUACCGGAAUGCUAAUUGUAAAUGCCACGGUAGCUCUGGAGUGCUUGUUGAAGUGCGGCUUGUUUACAUCUCUGUCACCGGUCUAUUGUAGGAUGCCAUCGCAAAUAUAGUCGUGAGCCAACCAUCACUCAGAGCGACAGCUUUUCACCGCCUGGUCUAUUUUCAGAUCAGGUGUGACACGAUACCUCUCACAGCCACCUGUUAUACAGCACAUUACAUGUAAUGUGGUCACAUUUGAUCCAGCUACCGCAGAUUAGAUGCAGAACCAGGUUUGCAAAGGAGCCAUUUAGAUUGUGACAUUCAUCACCGUGGGCAUACCUUCACACAAUCUGAAAUGCAACCUAAAUUAAUAAUGUUCUCCAUACUCUUAUUGAAAUAUAUAUAUAUAUAUAUAAUUAAUUUUUUUAAAGCUUGCUCUACUGAUAAUUGCUAGAAAUGUAAUUCAAUGACACCCCAGAUUACCUUAAAUGACAACAUAAUGUAAUGUCACCAUUUAAAAAAAAAAAAAAAUCAGAAUCUUUGCAUAAUAACCAUGGUAUGGCUACGGGAUUUGACAUUGGACAAUAUCAACAGACAUAUUACCCAGCUAUAAAAAUACCAAAGAAAGUUAUAAAUGACGCCUUUCAUUGUUUUUUUUAGAUUAGAGGAUAAAUAGAAAAUGGCACCCUUGUAAAAAAUGUUAAUGACUUUAUGAACACAGGCUUAUCUCCAAGGACUCAAUAUUUACAUCCAUGUUUAUACGUAAAUUACACUUAUAGUACGGUAAUAUGGUUAAUGGUAAAUACAAAAUGUUCCAGCUUUCUUUUAUGUAACAAGAAAUACGUUAUAUUAACGUUAUAGAAAGGCACACAAAAUGAUUAAGUGCAUUUUGAGUGUAACGGAACAGGACAUCAUCCCUCACUGGCUUCCCACCCACCAACAGUGUCAGUCGUGGCGCUUACUUGAACUCGGGGCCUCACGGAUAUUACACACUGUGAGGUGUAGAAACUCAUGUUUGUACUAGUAUGUACCUGCUGUUGCACACAGAGUUGAAAUAGUUGUCACAAAUAUAUCCAUGAAACAAAUGAAUUGCAUUUAACUUUGGUUUGUUAUUCAAAUAUAUGUUGUGUUUUUUAUAUAGUGAAAGAAACUGAAAUUAUAAUGUAACAACAGUCAUUAAAAUAUGCAUACACAAACAUAUAUGAACUUAUCCAUUAUAUACAAAAAGGUAUGUUGUUACAUGCUCAACAUUUGUAUUAUUUCAUGCUGAUUA